AUGACGACCAGGGACCAAGAGACAGAUACACACCAAUCUGAGACGGACGGCGAAACUGUAGAAGAAUACAGCACGAAGCCUGAAUCAGAAGUCGCAGUAGCCCCGCGUGCCCCAUCGCCCCGCACCGUCCUAUAUAACCUCGCUGAGAUCCUCGCUCGAAAUAGCCCCAUGAACGAGAACAAUAGCGAAACAAAUAAUAAGAAAUCUACGCCCGAAUCUAAUGUUUCUAGUGAGACGAAUGAUAUUUUGCGGGAAUUGGUGCUAGAAUUGAAACGUAGCAACGAGUUGAAAGCUGAACAUAAUUGUCAUCUGAAGGACAUUUUACAACAACUAAAGACCCCAACAUGCACGCACGCAAGCCAACACACAGAUGUUCCGACGCCAAUAGAUGUCAGUCAAACAGAUACUAUCGACGUACUGGACGUUCAGAAACAAGAAGAUACCUUAUAUCAUGUUACUGAGGACCAGUGUAAUGGGGUAGCUAACGAUGAGGCUGUUAAAUUCUUCUAA